UCCUCUCUCUGCACAUCUCAUCUGUACACACGAAGAACCAGUCUCAGGGACUCUCCGGUUCUUCUUCCGCAAGGUGAGCUUCCAUUCAUGGCUCAUUUUUCAUCUCCCACGCAUUCCUUGCGACACUUGUUAUAUCAUUCGCUGCCGACAAUUCUCUUGCACAUCUCAGCACAUUUUCUUUUUUAGAAUUUUUUGUUCUAUCUCGUGGAUCCCUACAGUCCUUUCUUGCUCUGAGGUUGGUCUACGCCUGAUCUAGACUCUAGAGCUGAUUCUUGUUUAGUUCGAUUUAUUUCCUUUUUUUUAACACAAAAUUUGGUUUGAAGUCUUAGAUCCAGUGUUUCGAGUUUUGAGCUUGUAGAUCCGCGAAAUGGCAUCUCACGUCGUUGGAUAUCCUCGCAUGGGCCCGAAGAGAGAACUCAAGUUUGCUCUGGAAUCUUUUUGGGAUGGCAAGAGCAGUGCUGAGGAGUUGCAGAAGGUGGCGGCUGAUCUCAGAUCAUCCAUCUGGAAGCAGAUGGCAAAUGCUGGAAUCAAGUUUAUCCCAAGCAAUACUUUCUCCUACUAUGACCAGGUGCUUGACACUACUGCAAUGCUUGGAGCUGUUCCACCAAGAUAUGGUUGGGCUGGUGGCGAGAUUGGAUUUGACACAUACUUCUCCAUGGCUAGGGGCAAUGCCUCUGUGCCUGCUAUGGAAAUGACCAAGUGGUUUGACACCAACUACCAUUACAUCGUACCUGAAUUGGGACCUGAAGUGAAAUUUUCUUAUGCCUCGCACAAAGCUGUGAAUGAAUACAAGGAGGCUAAGGCGCUCGGUGUAGAUACUGUUCCUGUUCUUGUAGGCCCUGUCUCUUACCUGUUGCUAUCAAAACCUGCAAAGGGUGUUGAGAAAUCUUUCUCUCUUCUUUCACUUCUUGGAAAAGUGCUCCCAAUCUACAAGGAAGUAGUGUCUGAACUAAAGGCUGCUGGUGCUUCCUGGAUUCAGUUUGAUGAGCCCACUCUUGUUAAGGAUCUUGACUCGCAGCAAUUACAAGCAUUCACACAUGCAUACUCUGAACUUGAGUCAUGUCUAUCUGGCCUCAAUGUUUUAAUUGAGACCUAUUUUUCUGAUGUUCCUGCUAAUGCAUACAAAACCCUCGUUGCUUUAAAGGGGGUCACCGGAUAUGGGUUUGAUUUGGUUCGUGGAACAAAGACCCUUGAUCUGAUCAAAGGUGGAUUCCCUUCAGGGAAAGUCCUCUUUGCAGGAGUGGUUGAUGGAAGGAACAUAUGGGCCAAUGAUCUUGCUGCUUCCCUUAGUACCCUGAAAGGACUUGAGGGCAUUGUGGGCAAAGAUAAACUUGUGGUCUCCACCUCCUGCUCACUGCUCCACACUGCUGUUGACCUUGUUAAUGAGACUAAGCUGGACAAUGAAAUCAAAUCGUGGCUUGCAUUUGCUGCACAGAAAGUUGUUGAAGUGAAUGCCUUGGCCAAGGCAUUGGCUGGUCGCCAGGACGAGGCAUUCUUUUCAGCCAAUGCUGCAGCUCAAGCUUCAAGGAAGUCCUCCCCAAGAGUGACCAAUGAGGCUGUUCAGAAGGCUGCUGCUGCAUUGAAGGGUUCUGACCACCGCCGCACUACAAAUGUGAGUGCCAGACUGGAUGCUCAGCAGAAGAAGCUUAAUCUUCCAAUUCUUCCUACCACAACCAUUGGGUCUUUCCCACAGACUGUGGAACUCAGAAGAGUUAGACGUGAAUACAAGGCUAAAAAGAUCUCUGAGGAUAAGUAUGUCAACUCCAUUAAGGAGGAAAUUAGCAAAGUUGUUAAGCUCCAGGAAGAGCUAGAUAUAGAUGUCCUGGUACAUGGGGAGCCUGAGAGGAACGAUAUGGUUGAGUACUUCGGAGAACAGCUGUCUGGUUUUGCCUUCACAGUCAAUGGGUGGGUGCAAUCUUAUGGUUCUCGCUGUGUGAAGCCACCCAUCAUUUAUGGUGAUGUGAGUCGCCCCAACCCCAUGACUGUCUUCUGGUCCAAAAUGGCUCAGAGCAUGACUGCCCGCCCCAUGAAAGGAAUGCUUACGGGCCCUGUCACCAUUCUCAACUGGUCUUUUGUUCGCAAUGACCAGCCCAGAUUUGAGACCUGCUAUCAGAUUGCUCUGGCCAUUAAGGAUGAAGUGGAGGAUCUUGAGAAAGCUGGUAUCAAUGUUAUCCAAAUUGAUGAGGCUGCUCUAAGAGAGGGCUUGCCACUUAGGAAGUCUGAGCAAGCUUUCUACUUGGAUUGGGCUGUCCACUCUUUCAGGAUUACUAACUGCGGCGUCCAAGAUACUACCCAGAUCCACACUCACAUGUGCUACUCAAACUUCAAUGACAUCAUUCAUUCUAUCAUUAACAUGGAUGCUGAUGUGAUCACCAUUGAGAACUCCCGUUCUGAUGAGAAGCUUCUGUCGGUAUUCCGCGAGGGAGUGAAGUAUGGUGCUGGCAUUGGCCCUGGCGUGUAUGACAUCCACUCCCCAAGAAUACCAUCAACAGAAGAGAUUGCCGACCGGAUCAACAAGAUGCUUGCAGUGCUUGAGACGAACAUCUUGUGGGUUAACCCUGAUUGCGGUCUCAAGACUCGCAAGUACACUGAAGUAAAACCAGCCCUCAAAAACAUGGUUUCUGCUGCCAAGCUUCUGCGUACCCAGCUUGCCAGUGCCAAGUGAGUAAUGGUUGGAAGUAUCUCUGCUGGGAGCUAGAAUCUUUCUACUCCCGCUUUCUCUUGGAAAAAGGAAGAAAAGGAGGGGAAGGGGUUUGGAAUUCUGUUUUUUGUUCUAAUAAUUGUUUGGUUCAUGAGGAAAUAUUUAAUGGGCAUAGUAUGCCGCUGGUCAUUUCAAAUUUUUUUUUACCCUACUAGUGUUUUUCUAUUCUACUUUUUUUUUUUUUUUUCCUUUUUCUAUCCUAUGCAUUUGCGUAGGUGAUAUUGCCUUCAUGCUUUGUAAGGCACCAAACUAUUGAGUGUACUUCAAUCCAAAAUAGAUGAAAAUUGAAAUACUAUUUUGUGCAA